AUUCUUUUGGCUGUAUUCUCGUCGAAUUUGGUUGGAAUCGCUGUGGCACGUUCACUGCAUUAUCAGUUCUACAGUUGGUACUUUCACUCGUUGCCGUAUUUGUUAUUUGUGACGGUAAAGUUUGGAGAGAAAGGGGGAAAGAGUGAUGGGAUAUGGACGGAUUUCCCGGUGUUUGCUGUUUUGGUGAGGGUGAGUAUUUUGCUCGGUAUAGAGCUGUGUUGGAAUACGUACCCGUCGACGGCGUUGAGUUCAGCGAUGUUGCAUGUUUUUCACGUGAUCGUAGUUUGUAGUUUGGUGUUGAGCAGAGAGAGCGAAAAGAGCGUGGAAGAACGAGAGGCGCAGAGAAGCGGAGAUGUUCUCUACGGCCUCCACAUCGGUCAGAUACCCGAUGCUGUUUCGAUGGUGGAUGGGGAGGGCGCAGAGACGGGCGUUGACCGUGGGGACGUAUCGUUUGAAGGCAGACGAGUCACCGGCAGUGGCGGGGGCAACCGUACCGCAGAGGGUGAGUGUAUUCGAUAG